UUCGAGGCGUCAAACGAAGCAGCUCGCCGAACGAGGCGAGGUAUUCCGUUCUCCAAACUUCCUCCAGUCUCGCCGACUCUUGAAAGUGAGCAAACAGCGGUGCUUUAAUAUAACCGAAGCCAGCACUGUCAACGGACACAAAGUACUUAAAUGGCUCGGUUGACGACGAAUAUGCUGACAAUCGCUUGUUUCUUGGCAGUCCUACGUUUGGUGACCUGCUGGAUGCAAAGUCCGAAUGUGACCAAGUGUCCACGGAGCGAGUUUCGAUUUGUCGAGAUUGGUGGCGUCACCAUCGGAAACGCCAAAAUAGGACUUAAGAUGACCGUGGACGCGCACGUCCACGUUCUCAGACCCAUCGGCUCCUACCCCGUGUUGGAAGUCUACGUGGACUCUAAGAGUGGAAAGCCACUGCCUUGUUUUCACCACUACCUGCCGGACGAGCUUAAGCUUUGCCAUGGCACAACUGUUAUGGAACAAACACUGAGCGACGAAUGGAGAAACCGGUGUCCGAUAAGGUCAGGCCUGCACACUGGCCACAUUGCAUUCAAGCUUCCUCGGACCAGGUCCACCGAGAAAUGCAUAGGGAAUGGUCGUCUGGUGUUCACCUUGAAGAUACGAGACGAAGGCUAUAUUUUUGAUUGCGUGAAAUUUCCUGUAGAAAUCGAGCUUGAUUAAACGAGCUUUCAGCUCUUCGCGGAUGCUUCGCACUGGAUUUAGAUUUCAUACAACUAAUACAGA